AUGUCUAUCAUAAUUAAGGAAACCCUAUACGUUAAGCCAACCAGGCCAAAGAAACAUGCUCAAAUUCCGCUUUCUAACUGCGACAUUAUUAUGCCAAGCUUUUAUCAUGGGUUCAUUUAUUUUUUUAAAAAUGGUUUUAAAAAAGAUAAGUUUAUGAAUGUUCAAAAACUUUUAGAAUCACUUGGAGAUGUUUUAAACGAUUAUUAUCCUUUGGCUGGUACACUUAAAGGUGCUCCCGAUGGUAGAUCUGUCAUUGACUGUAAUGACCAAG